CUGCAAUUGCGUGAUGUAAAAUUUUCAAGGGAAAAAGAGAAGGCCUCUUUCGGUAAAAAAGGACUCGGAUUCAUUUCUCCGCUUAGAAGACUGAGGAGGCCCCUUCCCUCCAGCGGCGGCCAUGGUUACCUCCUCUAGAGCCAGCGAUUCUUCUUCGAGCCGAUCAAAGGACAAGGAAUACGUUGCCGGCAUCUCAUGGAAGCUUUCCCAACUUAAGAAGCAAGUGCAAGCUUCUCGAGUGAUUGCAGUUCGGGAAAAGAUACUGAAGAAUAGGAAGAGCCUGAGGCUUCACACUUCCCAUAUAUUCGAAUUGGCUAAGGAGAAGCAAGAGGUGCGGGAGCCCAUGGAGUCAGAAAAUUUGCUUUCGGUUAGGCUGGUGAAUCCUCAUUGUCUGCUUAGCGCGUGUGAGCCAGAUAAGGAAAUUGCUAGUAGCCAGGAGGAGAUUUCAGCGUCGGCUUCGAUUGUGUUCGGAAGCAAUUGUGGAGGGAAGAGCGUGGUUCGUCUCAAUAAGCUUCCUUUUGUGGAGAAGAUACCCGCCUACACUACUUGGAUUUUCCUGACUAGGAAUCAAAGAAUGGCAGAGGAUCAGUCUGUUCUUGGAAGGAGGCAGAUAUAUUAUGAUCCAUAUGGGAAUGAGACGCUUAUAUGUAGUGAUAGUGAAGAAGAGAUUGUGGAGCCAGAGGAUGAGAAACAUGACUUCUCUGAAGGAGAAGACCAGAUUCUAUGGAAGGCGAUUCAGGAAUAUGGCCUAAAUCAAGAAGUCAUGCACAUCCUCUGUCACUCCAUUGAAGCAUUACCCGAGGAAAUCCAGGAAAGAUAUGAAGCUCUCUUAGAAAAGUACAAUAAAAAUAGUGUUAGAAAGGCUGAAGUUUCAAGUGAGUCCGAGUCUAAAUCACAUCUAGAUAAGACUCUUAAUGCAGCUUUGGAUUCCUUUGACAAUCUAUUUUGCCGGCGAUGCUUGAUUUUUGACUGCCGCCUCCAUGGUUGUUCUCAAAAUCUUAUUACUGCAAGUGAGAAACAGCCCUAUGGAUCUGAUCCUGAAGAAACCAGGAAACCCUGCAGUAAACAUUGCUAUCUCAGAAGAAGAGAAAAUGAGGAAGUUCACUGUCUCGCUGAAGAUGACACAAAGCAAAACAAGAAAAUGGAAUCCGCUUCUCCCUCUGAAUCUGAAGAUUCAAAUCCUGAUGAUGAUAUCACAAAUCUAACACCUUCUAAUGGGCUAUGCUCUGAUGUCAAUAGAUUGACCAUUGUUUCAUCAGAAACUGUUGGUAAUAUAACGCACCAUGCUGUUUCCUCAUGUGCAAUUGAAGAAAAUGUCCCUGAUUUUCCCUUGAAAACUUUAGUUAAUAUAAGUAAGCGCAAGAACCUGAAACAGGAGAAUAUGUCAUUGGGGAAAUCUCAAACUUUUUUAGGGAAACAUCUUGGUCCUGCUGAUAAAAAGCAGAAAAAGAUAUCAGCGUCAGAUCUUUCUACGCCAAGUAGGGAGAUGGAUAUUUUAUAUGGAAACGUAUCUUCACUUCAUUAUACCAAAUGCCAAGGUGGGGCAGCAAUUUGUGAUCAGUUUCAACAUGAAUCUAAUGAAUAUCCUUCUCUAACUAAAGGUGAUCAUGGUAAUGACUAUGGUACCAACAUUGAGGACACAGAAGUAAAUAAGACGACUGAAGUUUUCCUUUUAAAGAGCUUAUCCAGUUUCAGUAGAGGGCAGACCUGUGGUUGGAGUGUAAUUGAGAAAGAUCUCUACCUAAAGGGCAUAGAAAUAUUUGGGAAGAACAGUUGCCUCAUCGCAAGAAACCUCCUUUCUGGACUGAAGACAUGCAUUGAGGUAUCAAAAUACAUGUUUAAUGAUGGGGCGUCAUUACAGAUCAGACCUUUAUUAACUAGUUCGUGCUUGGAAGAUAGUGGAAGAUGUGAUCGUGCUAUGACAGAGCAUGAUAUGCCAGCAAGGACCAAGAUCUGGCGUAAGAGGGGCAGAGCUAGGAAGCUGAAAUAUACAUGGAAAUCUACUGGCCAUCCAUCAAUUCGGAAAAGAAUUGGUGAUGGGAAGCAACAACCAUGUAAACAAUAUACACCCUGCGGUUGCCAGCAAAUGUGUGGGAAGCAAUGCUCUUGUAUGGAAAAUGGAACCUGCUGUGAAAAGUACUGCGGGUGUUCCAAGAGCUGCAAAAAUCGUUUUAGAGGAUGCCACUGUGCGAAGAGCCAAUGCAGAAGCCGCCAGUGCCCUUGCUUUGCUGCUGGUCGUGAAUGUGAUCCUGAUGUCUGCAGAAACUGUUGGGUCAGCUGUGGAGAUGGUUCGCUUGAUGAGCCACAAUCUGGAGGUGAUGGUUAUCAGUGUGGAAACAUGAAGCUCCUCUUAAAGCAGCAACAGAGAAUUUUAUUGUCGAGAUCUGAUGUUGCUGGAUGGGGAGCUUUUAUAAGGAACCCUGUUAACAAAAAUGAUUAUCUUGGAGAAUACACUGGCGAAUUAAUCUCCCACAAGGAAGCAGACAAACGUGGAAAGAUAUACGAUAGGGCAAACUCAUCUUUUCUCUUUGAUUUAAAUGAUCAGUUUGUAUUGGAUGCUUAUCGCAAGGGCGACAAACUGAAGUUUGCCAAUCAUUCAUCAAGCCCAAAUUGUUAUGCCAAGGUUAUGCUGGUCGCCGGAGAUCAUCGUGUUGGAAUUUAUGCUAAAGAACAUAUUGAAGCUGGCGAGGAGCUGUUUUAUGAUUACCGUUAUGGACCUGAUCAGGCACCUGCGUGGGCGCGGAAGCCUGAGGGAUCCAAGAGAGAUGAUUCCUCUGUUUCUCAUUAUCGCGCUAAGAAGAUCGCUUGAUUUGCAACCUUCUAAAAUAUUGUCAUAAAUGUUAUAUAUAUAGUGUGAGCCGGUGAGAGAGAAAUUAUUCUGUGCAGAGUCUGAACGUAGAUGAUCUUCUGAAUUACUGCGUACGCUAUGCAUAAGUUCUGCGUAUGCUCUGUGUACUUACUGCUUAUUUAUAAAUACGCAGUAAAUUAGUAGCAAAUAAUUAGUUGUGAGGAAUUGCUACUUAUUUGUUGUGUAUUUACAAAUACACAGAGUGUAAGCAGAUCAUACGUAGUGCGUUCAGUAAUCUGGAUGAUCCUCUACAUUCUAACUUCACACAGAAUAAUUUCUCGUGAGAGAGGGCGUGAGCUUCUUAUAGGGCAAAAUAAUGCAUAGAACUAUAACAUAAUAAAAAGAACCAUGCUACACUACCAAAAUAACUUCUAUAAAAAAAAAAAUUAAAUUGAACUUCACUUUACUUUAAAUUGUCUUAAUAAAAAGGGCAGAAUGUAUAGCGCCCUUUUAUUAAAGAAUUAUUUGAAUAAAUGAAUUAAGUAAAGUGGAUUUCAAUUUGAUUUUUGUGUGAUUUUUUUUUUUUUUUUGGGAGUGAAGCUUUACUCUUAAGAAAAAUAAAUAAUGUAACAUAGGCAGUUACUUUGGCUCAAAGUUUGAGCACAACAUUGCUUGUUAUAGGAAUAUGAUUUUCUGACA